CUUUGUACUCACUCCUCCAUCCACAAACCACAGCACAACACACUUCAACUUCUUCUUUCCCUUCUAAAACUCUCUAUUUCUAGCUCAUAAUACUUGUAAAGCUUAAGUGAUCACUAUGGCAAAGGACGUUGAAGUUGCAGAGCGAGGAGAGUACUCAGCUAAAGACUACCAUGACCCACCUCCAGCACCUUUGAUCGACCCUGAGGAGCUAACCCAGUGGUCCUUUUACAGAGCUCUUAUUGCAGAGUUCAUUGCCACGCUUCUUUUCCUUUACAUCACAGUUUUGACUGUGAUUGGGUACAAGAGCCAGACUGACCCCCUCAAGAACGCAGACCAAUGUGGUGGGGUUGGUAUUCUUGGUAUUGCUUGGGCCUUCGGUGGCAUGAUCUUCGUCCUUGUUUACUGCACCGCCGGUAUCUCUGGAGGACACAUAAAUCCGGCUGUGACAUUCGGGCUGUUCUUGGCGAGGAAGGUGUCUCUGAUCCGAGCAGUGUUGUACAUGGUAGCACAGUGCUUGGGAGCAAUCUGUGGUGUUGGGCUGGUGAAGGCGUUCCAGAAGUCACUCUACACCAGGUAUGGAGGUGGAGCCAAUGAGCUGUCAGCUGGGUACAACAAGGGAACUGGAUUGGGGGCAGAGAUAAUUGGUACCUUUGUUCUUGUCUACACUGUCUUCUCAGCCACCGACCCUAAGAGGAACGCUAGAGACUCCCAUGUUCCUGUAUUGGCACCCCUUCCCAUUGGAUUUGCUGUAUUCAUGGUUCACCUAGCCACAAUCCCAAUCACUGGUACUGGUAUCAACCCAGCUAGAAGCUUUGGAGCCGCAGUGAUCUUCAACCAAAGCAAGGCCUGGGAUGACCAUUGGAUAUUCUGGGUUGGACCUUUUGUUGGAGCUGCCAUUGCUGCCUUCUACCACCAAUUCAUUCUUAGAGCAGCAGCUAUUAAGGCUCUAGGAUCCUUCAGGAGCAAUGCUUAAGUUUUAAGCUUUUCAAACCAAUUAUGUAUUAAGAUGGAGAUGGGUGUUUCAAAGUGAAUAACAAUACUAAGGAGUGCAAGUCUGUCUGAGGGUCCCUUUAGCAAUCCUCAAUAGUCAUGGAGGUCCAUGGAAUUGUAGAUAAACGUGUCUGUGGGACAGGACAGGGGGGGCUGCCUUUUGUGUAUCCCUUUCCUUUUUCUCUUUUCUUUUCUUUCAUGUAUUUAUGUGGUGAUAGUUGUCCUUGUUUAUCCUUGAAUCAUCUUUUACUUUUUGCUUUUUCUAUGUGGUUGUGUAUUCGUGUUGUUUCCUCACAAAAGCUAGUGAAAAUGGAAUUGUGUUCAUCAGUCUCAA